AUGGCUCCCAUCCAGGGCAUCUUCUCCAUCAUCCCGGAUGCCCCGUCUGCCAUCAACACCAACCACGAUGCCGCCAACUCGCGACCCAGCCGCCGGCCCAUGACCAGCAAGCAAGCUAAGAAGGCAUACCAGAAGGCGAACAAGGCCCCGAAGCUGUCCAAGGCCGAGCAGAGGCGCCAGGAUCUUUUCGAGCAGGACCGCAUACGGAAGGAGUUCGAGAAGGAGAAGAGCCAAGCCCGCGCGAGAGCCGCGAGAGACAAGAAGAAAGACAAGGAGGACAGGGAGCGCGCCGAGAAGAAGAAGAAGGGCUUGCCUCUUGUCGAGGUCCACCCCUCCCAAGACACCAUUGCGAGAUUCGUCCGUCCUAGGCCGAGGACCGAAUCGCCUGCUAUCAUUGCGAGGAAGGAGUACGGCAGUGAUAGCUGUACCGAAGAUGACCACGAGCCACCAGCCAAGAAGCCACGACUCGACCCUCCAAUACAAGAGAACUGUCGGUCUACAAGGAUAUCAAGUGAACCAGUGCCGCAGUUGCCAGUUCCAGAACCCGAACCCGAACCAGCGUCGAAUGAAGCUACCGACGACGCUCCCGUGCGACCUGUACAGCUUGCGGAUACCAAACCAAGUCGCGGUAGUCAUGCGGACGAAGACCCCUUGUUGAUCGACGACGUGGAUGACCAAUUAUUGAGUGACCUGCUGGGAGUGAUGGACAGCGCACGGGAGAUCGCAGCAGCAGAGCCGCAGAGAGGAACCCGGUUACGUGGCCAUGAAUCUCCCGCUAAACCUCCACCGCCAAAGCACCCUGAAGACUCUAUGCAGUCCCAAAAAGCAGGCGAAUCAUAUGCGCCAACGUGCGAGUCUGGAGCGAAGGAAGAUCACACUCCGCGUCAAGCUCGAGAGCUGUUGCAGGACCUUUCAGCGAAGAAGACGAACGCACGCAUAUUCAGCACACUCCAAGAUACAUCUCUUACCCCCAUGAAGCAAGUCGUCACGCGAAAUCCAAUCAUCAGCACGGCUGCUUCGGUAGUGAGACCAUUGGAAGGUCCAUCGAAAACGGAUGUCAAAGCUAGAACUUUUACCACGCCCCAAAGCAAACCCCCUGUUCAGGAGAAGCAACCCGUGACCCGCCAACCCACUAUCAACACGCCUGCUCCAGUAGCCAGAUCGAUGGAAGGUCUGUCGACAAAGGAGGCCAACGCAACAAUUGCUACCACGCCCAAAAGCGAACCCGAAGUUCAGGCGUGGCAACCUGUCACCCGCCAGCCCAUUAUCAAUACGCCUGCUCCGGUAACGAGACCAUUGAAAGAUCUGUCGAAAAAGGAGGUCAACGCUAGAGCUGUUACCACGCCCCAGAACAAACCCCCUGUUCAGGAGAGGCAACCUAUCGCUCGCCAGCCCAUCAUCAACACACCUACUGCCAUAGCUCCGAAACCACAGACAUUGGGCUCGGCCUCGCGGUCUUUCCGACACCCCAAGACCCCAAUGGGGCCACCUCCUGUGCCACCGAAAUUCAAGUCGCCCCAUGUUGUAUCUGGUGGUACGCCAAGGUCACCUCAAUUCAUGCCAAAACAGCCACGGUUAUCUGACCGGCAAGCUGCGGCAAAGCCAUACAAUCCUACUAUGCCACAGCAGGCUCCGACAGAAUGUCCGCCAACGAGCACACAGUUGUUUAUGCUGGGCCAAUUCGACGACUUCUUUCCGAGCCCAUCGCAGGAGGUACGGGAACUGUUUGAGGAGCCCAAAGACAGCCCAGUCAGACAUGGCAACCCAAUUCGUUCAAGAAACGCGCAUCCAGCUCCUUUACCACUGCAAAGACAUUUACCCCCUCCUGCGAUACCUUCAGCAUCUAGACUUGGGCGCUUCGCUACUCCAGGCCGCCAGAAGACCAGGUGUAAGGGAUCUCCAGGCCUGCUUGAUAAUCCAUGUGCCAACUCUCGACUUCCAGCGAUCGCAGCUACAGUGGACAUACCAUUCUUCUCCACGCAGGAUCUGUUCCUUUCGUCCCAGGAUGUCAAGGACAUCGAGGAAGAACCGAUAUCACCGGUGAAGGCACAGCCGCCAGCGCAGAGGGCAUUGCCGACAAGUAGUCCUAGUGCUCGGCACGUCUCGUCACACGCAUCCGCUGUGCGCGUUGACCGGACUGGUAUGGCGGUUACCAACCCUAAACCUGACCCUAAACUACAGCGUGGGAAGUUCGGUCACAUGAAUCGUGAUGUCAACACGGCAUCGUGUCGUACACAAACCCCUCCGACGCGUCCGCCAGAUGAUCCCACGCCAAUUCCCAAUGCUAUGGCUCUGGAAGGCUCCGAGCUUGUGAAACAUCAGGCGCAGAAAGAGCUGGAUGGCUUGACUGGUGAUGGCUGUGGAAGUGCAGAGUUUGUUCAGAUAAGUUCGAAUAUGGGAAAGGAUCUUGGGAACUUGACAUUACAUGCGGUCAAGGCAUGUCCGGAGCCUUACAAGUCUGUUGCAGCGGAUCCCGAAAGAAGAUCAUCCGCGGCGCAAUCGGCAGUGACCCCUCGGCUAUCCCCCAAACCGUUCUUUACUCCGAGCGGUCGGACCAUGCAAUACAAGUACGUGCUGGAGCGGAGCAAGACAACUGCUUGGGAAGAUCCCGAGGCCCGACAAAAAGCCCAAGAGGAGUUGGAUCAUCUCCGGGUGCGCGAAGACGAACGGUUGAAGGAGUUGCUGGAGGCAGAUGAGGAGGAAGAGGGUGGCAAAGCCCAAGGGGCAGAUGAGACGAACGGGUCAUCUUUAUCGGUCAAGGAUCCCGUCAGCCAGGCCCGCAGCAAACCAGCAACACAGCGGGAGGCUGAAUCCCGGACGACGAGUCAACAACGGAGCUCGAUGUCGAAGCAUACAACUAGUCAGAAGACGAAGCCGUCGAACAUGGAGAAUAAGGCCCGAAGGGUACCAAGCUCAUACGAGCGAAUGCUAGGAUUGGCCAGCUUGGAUCAGAACAAGGGGCAGAAACCAGGCAGAGACCAAGAGGAGCAGGCAAUGCCGGCCUCGCAAGAGACAGACUAUGAAGAAGGAUGGGAUGACGCGCUUUGUGAUAUUCUGUAG